AUGUCUCUGCCAAAAGACUUCCUCUGGGGCUUCGCCACAGCCUCUUACCAGAUUGAGGGUGCUGCCGAUAAGGACGGCCGUGGUCCGUCCAUCUGGGACAAAUUCUGCGCUAUUCCCGGCAAAAUUGCAGAUGGCAGCUCUGGUGCGGUUGCUUGCGAUUCCUACAACAGGACCAAGGAAGACAUUGAUCUGCUCAAGUCUCUCGGUGCCACCGCCUACCGAUUUUCUCUGUCCUGGUCCAGAGUCAUUCCUCUAGGUGGUCGCAAUGACCCUGUCAACCAGAAGGGACUUGAUCACUAUGUCAAGUUUGUCGAUGACCUGCUCGACGCCGGCAUCACUCCCUUCAUUACCCUCUACCACUGGGAUCUUCCCGAAGAGCUGGACAAGCGCUAUGGCGGCCUUCUGAACCGGACAGAGUUUCCCCUAGACUUUGAGAACUAUGCUCGUGUGGUCUUCAAAGCCAUCCCCAAGUGCAAACACUGGAUCACCUUCAACGAGCCGUGGUGCUCCUCCAUCCUCGGCUACAACACCGGUUACUUCGCCCCUGGCCAUACAUCCGAUCGCACAAAGUCCGAUGUUGGAGACUCUUCCCGCGAGCCGUGGAUUGCUGGUCACAACCUGAUCGUUGCCCACGGCAGAGCUGUUAAGGCUUACCGUGACGACUUCAAGCCCACUCAGGGGGGUGAGAUUGGUAUCACCCUGAACGGUGACGCCGUCUACCCCUGGGACCCCGAGGACCCUGAGGACGUCGAGGCCUGUGACCGCAAGAUCGAGUUCGCCAUCUCGUGGUUCGCGGACCCGAUCUACUUCGGCAAAUACCCAGACUCGAUGCUCAAGCAGCUUGGCGACAGGCUGCCGACCUUCACGCCUGAGGAGGUGGCGCUCGUCAAAGGCUCCAACGACUUCUACGGCAUGAACCACUACACGGCCAACUACAUCAAGCACAAGACGACGCCGCCGCCCGAGGACGACUUCCUGGGCAACCUGGAGACGCUCUUCUACUCCAAGAAGGGCGAGUGCAUCGGCCCGGAGACGCAGUCCUUCUGGCUGCGCCCCAACGCCCAGGGCUUCCGCGACCUGCUCAACUGGCUGGCGAGAACGACAUGA